CAGCGACUAAAACAUGUCUGUGGAUUAUCUCUUCCUCUGUCCAGGAGUCGUCAGUCUCUGAAGGUCAGAGAGCACAAGGUUCUGGGUCCGUAUGUGGAUGGCCUGUCACAACUGGCCGUCACCAACUUUGAGGACAUUGAGGUGUUGAUGUCGGAGGGGAAUAAGUCGCGGACGGUGGCGGCCACCAAUAUGAAUGAGGAGAGCAGUCGUUCCCACGCCGUUUUCAGCAUCAUCGUCACACAGACACUCUACGACCUGAAGUCUGGGAACUCAGGGGAGAAGGUGAGCAAGAUGAGCCUGGUGGAUCUGGCUGGUAGUGAGCGUGUGUCUAAAACUGGAGCUGCAGGGGAGAGGCUGAAGGAGGGCAGCAACAUCAACAGGUCUCUUACCACACUGGGCUGUGUGAUCUCUGCGCUGGCGGACCAGUCUGCGGGGAAGGGGGGGAAGAAUAAGUUUGUUCCUUACAGAGACUCUGUCCUCACCUGGCUCCUCAAGGACAACCUGGGUGGCAACAGUAAGACGUGUAUGAUCGCCACGGUGAGCCCAGCAGCUGAUAACUACGAGGAGACGUUGUCCACGCUGCGUUACGCAGACCGCGCCAAGAGGAUCGUCAACCACGCCGUCGUCAAUGAAGACCCCAACGCACGGAUCAUCAGAGAGCUCCGGGAGGAAGUGGAGAAACUCAGAGUACAGCUCUCUCAGGCUGAGUCUCUAAAGGCUCCAGAGCUGAAGGAGAGGCUUCAGGAGUCAGAGAAGCUGAUCCAGGAGAUGACUGUUACCUGGGAGCAGAAACUACGCAACACAGAGGAGAUCGCUACGGAGCGUCAGCAGCAGCUAGAGAGUAUGGGGAUCUCCCUGGAGACGUCUGGGAUCAAAGUUGGAGAGGACAAAUGCUUCCUGGUCAACCUGAACGCAGACCCCGCCCUCAAUGAGCUGCUGGUCUACUACCUAAAGGAACACACGCGUGUGGGUGCAGACACCUCUCAGGACAUCCAGCUGUUUGGGAUUGGUAUCCAGUCAGAACACUGUGUGUUGGAGAUCAGCCCAGACGGAGGGGAGGUCACCCUCACCCCUAUAGAGAAUGCCAGAACCUGUGUGAAUGGAACCAUGACUGAGUCCUUGGUCCACCUGUGGCAUGGAGACCGCAUAUUAUGGGGCAACAACCACUUCUUCAGGAUAAACCUGCCUGGGCGGAAGCGGCGUGAGCGUGUGAAGGAGCUGGAGAGGGAACGUGCAUCCCCCAGGGAGAGCUUUGUAGAGGUAGGAGAGACAGCCAGCGAGGCCUCCUCAGAACAGGACUACAGCUAUGAGUUCGCCCAGACGGAGGUCAUGAUGAAGACCCUGGGAAACAACGAUCCCAUGCAGAACGUGGUCCAGGUGUUAGAGAAGCAGUACCUGGAGGAGAAGCGCACGGCGCUGGAGGAACAGAGGAUGAUGUACGAGAGAGAGCUGGAGUCACUACGGCAACAGCUGUCUCCUGAGAGGACCAAUCAGCACCAGCGAUCCAGCAGCGACCGCCUCACCUUCCCCACACACACACCAUCACACCACAGCAAGAUACGCCCCUGGACUGAGGAGAGGGACGAGCUGUUUCGACAGAGUCUGUCCAGGCUGAAGGAGCAGGUUGUGAAGGCAAACACCCUGGUGAGAGAGGCCAACUUCCUGGCAAAGGAGAUGAACAAACUGACUGACUACCAGGUCACCCUCCAGAUCCCUGCAGCUAACCUCAGUGCCAACCGCAAGCGUGGAGCCAUAGUGAGUGAACCAGCCAUCCAGGUGAGGUGGAAAGGCAAGGAGACACAGGUUUGGACCAUCGACAAGCUGGAGAACAAACUAGUGGACAUGAGAGACCACUACAGAGACUGGAAGGAGGGAGCUGAGGACACGAAUACCAAGCUGAACAACCACAAGCAGCACAGUGAGUCCUUCUAUGAAGCUCAGGAGAACCACAACCUGAUAGGAGUGGCCAACGUCUUUCUGGAGUGUCUUUUCCAUGAUAUCAGACUACAGUACGCUGUUCCUAUCAUCAGCCAGCAGGGGGAGGUAGCCGGCAGGCUCCACGUAGAGCUGGUGCGUGUCGGCGCGGUGCCGGAGCGGCUGGAGGGAGGAGAUGACUCAUCAGAGAACUCCAGCGAGAGCAGCAUCUACGAUGUCAUGGACAGUCAGGGAGAGAUGGUCCACAUGGCCAGGAGACUCACCUGCAGGGUGCGUAUCAGGGAGGCCACGGGGCUGCCUGUCAACCUGUCCAACUUCGUCUUCUGCCAGUACACCUUCUGGGAGGGGGCGGAGCCUACAGUGGCCCCGCCCAUGGUCAGCCCAGACACGCCCACCACGCCCGCACCCCCGACGCCCAGUUCACCGUCCGCUCGACCACUGCAAGGACUCUUCAACUGGGAUUUCUGGAAAACCAAUGAAUUUUAG